UCACUUCCUGGUUUGCCUCACUUGGCUCGGGAAGGCUGAAUCCCAAAUUAAAGACGGAGGGGCCGACGCGUCAACCCGCACCCGGGCUCGUUUUGAACCUUACAACGUUUUUCUGAGCGCGCACUCUCACGCACGCACGCACGCACGCACACGCAGAGGAAAUGUCCACCACCGUCGCCUUCCACACGCAGCUCGCCUCGAUCAUGGAGGUGCUGGCGAACGCCGCCGUGGCAGAGAUCUGCGAGCUGGUGGAUAACGGCUACGCCGUGCUGCAGCUGGAGAUCUCCCGUAGUCAGAAGGAGAACGAGGCGCUGAGGAGGCGGCUGCGGCUCAUGGAGCUCAAAGUCGCCCGGGCCUCCGCGCUGAGGGCUGCAGGUGUGGGGAGCUCCGGGUUCGGCGGCAGCCGCGUCAGGACGCAGGGCGCUCACCCGAACGCCGAGCCCAAAAGAACGCACAGCGCUGAGGCGCCGCUGCCCAGGGUCACCCGGACCCAGCCUUCCACAGAUACUGGCCAGGAACCCACACAAAGAAAGCCGUCGCCUGCAGCAGACCCUGUGAAGGUCAAACCCCCGGUCAUCAAAGUGGAGACGGACGACGAGACCUGGGAUAACGACGAGCAGGAGAAAACUUUCCAUCCUCCUGCUGAUGAAAAUCGGAGAGAAUCUAGGGUGGAGACUGAAGCUUCUCCCCCAGUGAUGACCAAACAGGAAGUGACGCAGCAGGACAGUGGCAGGGCCUGUGCUUGGACAAGCGGCGAUGUCAGUGGCAGCCCGAAAACCGUCAAGAGACCAGAGGCCAGCGUGGCACUUGCGGAGUCUGUAGGUUUUGACUGUAUGAUGUACAAACCGCAGCUCAAACACGGAGCCCACUCCACCCAGGAGCCCUUAGCGGAAGACCCGGGCUGCUCCUAUUUGCUGAACCCCUGUGUGAGUCUUUCAGGUUCCUCCGACUCGGGCAGCGACUUCCCUUUCGCCAUGGGCGAAGCGACCCAUGCGGUGUCAGAGCACCAGCAGUCCACAGUUUUCCCCGACAGCAGGCAGAUGGCGCCAUUGCUUGCGGACAAACCCCAACUGCCCGCCAGGAAGGAUCCCCUUGCUGCUGCUCCCAACGCCUUCAUCAUGAAGGACGACUGGUUGCCCCAGGACGGUUUCAACAGCGCAACGCAGAACUACAGCAGAGACGACUCCGCUGGGAAAUCCUUCAUCUGCAGUUUCUGCGGAAAGACUCUGGCCUGCCUGAAAAACCUGAAGACGCACAUGAGGGUCCACACAGGCGAGAAGCCGUUCAGCUGUGCACUGUGCGGCAAACGCUUCUCGGACUCCAGCAACCUCAAACGCCACCAGAGCGUGCACACCGGGGAGAAGCGCUACGGCUGCGUGCACUGCGGCAAGCGCUUCGCCCAGUCGGGCUCCCUCAAGGUCCACAUGAGCGUCCACACGGGCUGCAAGCAGUUCCGCUGCGUGCACUGCGGGAAGACCUUCAUCUCCGCAAACCACCUCCGCAGGCACGUCAGCGUGCACAACACCGACAAACAGCUCCCCGGUGCAUCUCAGUAAGGGCCCUCUUCUGGGGUCAAAGGUUAAUGACGUGCCUCAAACAUACCAGGGAUCGGGGGUUUUGUUCCCCCGCCGGGAAAACGUUCGAGACGCUGCGAGGUUCGCCGGAUUAAACAGGGUUCGCGCACAUCCCGGAAAACUCGGAAACGUGCGGGUUAUUCCUCCAGUCAUGUAAAAAAAAAAAAACACACCUUGGAAAUGAGCAAAUAUUACUUCACGAUAUCUUGUUUUUGAAGUUUGGGUGGGAUGUUCAGCGAGCAGCAAAUGGUGACACAGUCCAUUUAGAGACAUUCUGGGGACUGUGGAGACUUCCGUGUGACCUUCUGUCAGCAGCAGCCGCUGUCAUCUCCAAGCCAAUGUCAUGGAAAAUGUCCUGGAAAAUGACUUCUUACAAAAGGUGGGAACCCUGUUGAAGGCGUGGGCCAAAUACAGGGCACAACUUGUUCUAUCUAUGACCUGCAGCGAGCUGACGGACAGGUUUCACGCGAGGUUUCUGCUCUCAGAACCGAGACACGUCGAGGACUUUCAGCGUUUUCGGUUUGUCUAGUGAGGAAAUGCAGUGUUUCUAACUACCGACCAGCAGGAGCGAGGACGCAGCCCCCUGUUGAGAGGGUCCAGAGUGUUUAAGGCGGUGUGGAAACCUGAAAUGGACUUCAGAGAGAAGGUAGCGGUAGGGUGAUAGUUCAUGUCCGUUCAUGUCUUCCCGGUUUUUCCUCCCAGUUUUGUUUUGUAAAUGGCUUUGUCAUUAAAGAUGUCAUAAUGGUUUGGUAACUGAGGUUUUUAUUACACGGCUGGAUGAGGGUUCCUCCGUCGGCGUGUCCAACUCUGUUCGCCUCUCGAAGGUUGUUCGUUUUCCGAAGCAAAAGGUCGGAAGGUGAAGCCCGACUUGAACCGAAGCUGGAAAACCUGGUAAACUGCGCGUCAGUUUUGUGGCGGAAACCAUUUUGUCUCAGCUGUUUGUGUGGCCGGACGCCCCCGUUCGAGGCCAAAAAUCCCGGUUCGUUAAAACCAGGUGAGCCAAAGGAAGGCCUGCAGAAGUCGAGACAAACCCUAGAAGUGGUUCUUAUUCGUUGCUUCUUUCUACUUUUCAGUAUUUGUGAAGUUUGAUGAAGCUUGGGAGGAUUGGCUGUUGUGUAACGGUAGAUAGAGAAGAAUAAGAACCUGGCGACUGAAGCAGCAGGUAGGACAAAUAUCUCCUCACUGUCGGGUGAGGAGAUAUUCAGCCAGCCAAUUACCCCACUCUUCCGAGCCGUCCCGGUCGCUUCUCCACCUCCUCUGCCGAUCCGGGGAGGGCUGCAGACUACCAUGUCUCCUCUGGUACAUGUGGAGUCACCAGCCGCUUCUUUUCACCUGACAGCAAGGAGUUUCACCAGGGGGACGUAGCACAUGGGAGGAUCACGCCCCCCCCCACUGAACAGGCGCUGCGACCGACCAGAGGAGGCGCUAGUGCAGCGACUAGGACACAUACCCACAUUCAGCUUCCCACCCGCAGACAUGGCCAAUUGUGUCUGUAGGGAUGCCCGAUCAAGCCGGAGGUAACACGGGGACUCGAACCGGCGAUCCCCGUGUUGGUAGGCAACGGAAUAGACCGCUACGCCGCCUGGAUGCCCGGGACAAAUAUCUGUUAAAGAAAUUCUGUUGAACUCUGGAAUCUCUGAGGCCUUUUGCAGUUCUACACACCCAUCCAUCCAUUAUCUGAGCCGCUUAUCCUGCUCUCAGGGUCGUGGGGGUGCUGGAGCCUAUCCCAGCAGUCACUGGGCAGCAGGCGGGGAGACACCCUGGACAGGCCGCCAGGCCAUCACACAGGACACACACACACACGUUCAAACCUAUGGGCAAUUUAGUACGGCUGAUCCACCUGACCUACAUGUCUUUGGACUGUGGGAGGAAACUGGAGCACCUGGAGGAAACCCACACAGACACAGGGAGAACAUGCAAACUCCACACAGAGGAUGACCCGGGACACCCCCCCCCUCCAAGGUUGGACUACCCUGGGGUUCAAACCCAGAACCUUCUUGCUGUGAGGCGACCACGCUAACCACUGCACCGCCGUGCUGCCCCCUUCUACACAGUCUGACCUGAAGAACGUUCACAUGGACAGACUUCAUACUCUGAGACGAGCUGGUCAUUUCAGCAAAACAACAAAAAUCCCGUGUUUCUUUUCACAGCGUCCUUUAAUGAAUGAUUAAUGUUCACGUUCAUAAAAAAAAAAGAAUCAUUUAAAUCUGAGAACAUUUUUACACCUUCCAAAAUCCUGCAAAUAUUAAACCUUUAAAACGUGGUGCAACGUGGCAGAAAGGCUGGUUUUUUUAAGCUCAUCCAUUUUGAGGAAUUGUUUCUUACGAUUCAGCGAUCAAUAUUCUGGAUGAUUAUCUUUUUACAAAUGUUACAA